AUGACUCGGUCGCAGCUUGACGUGCCAGCUGAUGCGACUGCUGUUGAUGAGAUUCGAAUAAUCAGCGUAUCUCCGGUGACACUGUUCACCAUCGAAGAGCGUAUCAGCAUCAACAAUCCCUGGGCCAGUGGGCAUCGGAGCCUUGUCCUUGAGCCGAAAAGCAGGAGCAAAUACCGACGUGUCUGGCUAGGUAUUAUAGCUGACUCCGCCGACUUUGUCGACAUCAACUACAUCGCCGAUCACGGUUUGAGAUGGAAGCGAGCACCUUCAGCGAGAGAGGUAGAUCUCACACGAGGGGUCUACACCAAUGAUCUGUACUCGGAAAUCGUAACUAUGGCUCGCCCUACCCCUGGCUUCUUCAAGCUCUCUCAACACGUCGGCCGAGUUGUUAUGUCAAUAUGGGGUAAGACUUACGCCAGCAACGAGGAUUCGAUCAUUGAGGCAGCUCUCGCGACUACCACACAGGACACGGCAAUCGUAGAGUACCUCCGCUGGGCAGCAUUGAGUGGAAGCAAUCGCUUUGUUGUUGACGAUAGCGAGCUCGAUUCUGAGGAGCUAGCUGUGAGGAAAGAUAUGGAGGAAGUACUGGAUAUGAUGCACAAUAGAUUCCAUCAAAAGGCGAUCAAGAAGCCCAAGUAG